AUGGUGAUCCACAUAGUGCGCGCACAAUUUCCCGAAGAUGCCGAACCAAUUCGAUCUCUGUUCUCCGGCUAUGCCUCAUCGCUUGGCAUUGACUUGACAUUUCAGUCCUUCCAAGAGGAGCUGGACUCCCUUCCCGGAAAAUAUGCAGCGUCACAAGGGGGUGCUCUGUUGAUCGCAAGGCAGACUGUUGACCCGAGUUCCACACAACGCGACUCAACGCUUUCCGCCCCACCGCUCCCGCGCGCGUCUCAGGUCUUAGGCUGUGUAGCCCUACGCCGCAGUGCCGAGGGCUGGGGUGAAAUGAAGCGGCUGUACGUCCUCCAAGAAGCGCGAGGCCAGCGCCUAGGCGAUAAAUUGAUCGACGCGAUUCUGGCACAGGCCAAGGUGCUGGGCUACAAGGGGGUUCGAUUAGACACGCUACCCCAGAUGUCUGCAGCGCAGGCCUUAUAUCGCAAGCAUGGAUUCGUGGACAUUGUGCCGUAUUAUGAAACUCCGAUCCAGGGCACUGUCUUCAUGGGUCAUGACUUCUAA